UUGAAAGCAAGUUUUGUUUUAACUGCUAGAUUUUUUGCUUGCUUCCUAGCGACACAUUGCGCCUGUGCUGUUAAAUAUCCACAUCCGAAAUCUCGCGUUUUAGCUUUGAACUUUCGUGUAUCUCUUGAAGGACGACCAGACGAGGGGUCUACACACACACACCCACACGCACACCAUGGACUGCUCCCCCAACGCGAUUGCCAGCAAUGUGACCAACAAGACGGACCCCCGCUCGCUGAACUCGCGCGUCUUCAUCGGGAACCUGAACACCAUGCUGGUGACCAAAGCCGACGUGGAGGCCAUCUUCAGCAAGUACGGCAUGAUCGUGGGCUGCUCCGUCCACAAAGGCUACGCUUUCGUCCAGUACGCGAACGAGAGGAACGCCAGAGCCGCCGUGUCCGGAGAGGAUGGACGCAUGAUCGUCGGACAAGUCCUGGACAUCAACCUGGCAGGCGAGCCCAAACCUCAUCGAUCGAAAACCACCAAACGUCCAGCAGGAGACAUGUACAGCAGCUCCACAUUUGAGCUCGACUACGAUUUUCAUAAAGAUUACUACGACAGGAUGUACGCGUACCCGUCCCGUGUCCCUCCUCCUCCUCCACCCCUCUCUCGCGCGGUCGUUCCCUCCAAGCGAGCGCGGGUCAGUCUGAGCGGAGGAGGAAGCCGACGCACCAAAUCCAGCUUGUCUUCCUCCAAAAGCAGCCAGCGCGCUUCAUCACGGGCCAUUAAAGCAGAUGACCUUCAGACCAUAAAGAGGGAACUUGCUCAGAUCAAACACAAGGUGGAUUAUCUUCUGGAAAGUUUGGAGCGCAUGGAGAAAGAUCACAGCAAGAAAUCAGAAGUGAAGGCAGUGAAGGCGGAGGCGGGUGAAGUCUCUCAGCAGCACUCGAGCAGUAAAAAGGAUCGCGACCGGGAGGAGCAGGAGAUCAACGACUCCGAAGAUGAAGGGGAUCUGCUGGAGGAAGAGGACGAGGUAAAGAGCAUCGGAGGAGAGAACGAGGAAGAGGACGAAGAGGAGGAGGAAGAGGGCGAGCACGAGGAAGGCGAGGACGACGGUGACAGCGUAAACGGAGACGACCCGUAGAUCGCGUACUUUUUCUCCCUUUUACACGAACACCUCAACUACCAGCGUGAGGAAACGACAAAGUCUGGACUCUUCCUUUUAAAUAAAUAAAUAAAUAACUAAGGAAAAAGAAUGUAGAUGAACACACACACACACACACACCACACUGUUUGUGGUGAAGCAAUUUUUUAAGUAUGUCUGAAUAAACACUGUACUUUUGUUACUCGUACAGUUUUACAAUUCGGACGUUUUAAACUUUUUUGUUUGGUUCUUUCCUUUUUUUUUUUUUUUUUUCUUUUCUCCUCCAUCAAUGUGCUGUUAUGGUCUAGUUUUUGUUGUGUUUCCUCUUCCGCCACAUCCAAAGGCGUGUGUGUGUGUGUGUGUGUGUGUGACGUUUCUUCUUUUCCACAAACAGCUCGAGUGCGAUUGUCCUACACAAAUAAGACUAAUAUUGACCCAUUAGUGUUUCUCUUUUUCCCUCAUGUAUGUUUGUCUCUACAUGUAUUUUUUUAUAUAUAUAUAUCAGUCUUGUUCAAGAUAAAAGAACUGAGAAUUUCAAUAAAAUGUUCAAAAUUC